AUGAGUGUGUCUGUGCUGAGCCCCACCAGAGCCUUGGGCAGCAUCUCUGGGAUUCUGCAGGUGGCCUCCCUGCUCUGUCUGGUUCUGCUGCUGCUCAAGGCAGCCCAGCUCUACCUGCGCAGAAAGUGGCUGCUCAAAGCCCUCCAGCAGUUCCCGUGUCCUCCUUCCCACUGGCUUUUCAGGCACCAGCAAGAAUUCCAGAAUGACCAGGAGCUACAACAGCUUCAAAAAAGGGUAGAGAAAUUUCCAUGUGCCUGUCCUCACUGGCUGUGGGGGAGUGAGGCCAGAUUCCUGGUUUAUGACCCUGACUACAUGAAGGUAAUCCUAGGAAGAUCAGACCCAAAGGUUCAUGAUGACUGCAGGUUCCUGGCUCCGUGGAUUGGGUAUGGUUUGCUCCUGUUGAAUGGACAGACAUGGUUCCAGCACCGGAGGAUGCUGACCCCAGCCUUCCACUAUGACAUCCUGAAGUCUUAUGUGGGUAUUAUGGCCAACUCCGUCCGAGUGAUGCUGGACAAAUGGGAGGAGCUCAUCAGCCAGGACUCCCAUCUGGAGAUAUUUGAACACAUCUCCUUGAUGACCCUGGACACCAUCAUGAAGUGCACCUUCAGCCAGCAACGCAGCGUCCAGACAAACAG